AUGGGUCGAUACGCCGUGCUGGUGUCGGGGCCUGCGGGCUCUGGCAAGUCGACGUUCUGCUCCGCCCUGAUCGCCCACGCGCAAUCGCUGGGCCGCAACGUGCACCUCUUCAACCUGGAUCCUGCUGCGGAGCGAUUCGAGUAUCAGCCGAGCAUCGACAUCAAGGAGCUCAUCUCGCUCGAAGACGUGAUGGAAGAGAUGAACCUCGGGCCGAAUGGAGGUCUCAUCUACUGCUUCGAAUACCUGUUGGACAACCUCGACUGGCUCGACGACGAGCUCGGAGAGUUCAACGACGACUACAUCAUCAUCGACUGUCCUGGGCAGAUCGAGCUGUACACGCACUUUCCCAUCAUGUCGAGGCUGGUCAACAUCCUGUCGGUGCAGUACAACUUCCGCAUCUGCGCAACGUACCUGCUCGAGGCGCAGUUCAUGGACGACAAGACCAAGUACUUUGCCGGUGUCCUGAGCGCCAUGAGCGCGAUGAUCAAUCUCGAAGUGCCGCACAUCAACCUGCUCAGCAAGAUGGACCUCGUCGAAAAGGGCGAGAUUGGUGCCGAGGCCAAAAAGGGUCGCCGAAGAGAGAUGGAACGCUACCUCGAUCCGGAUCCGCUGCUGCUGAUGGACGAAGUGAACUCGCGAACGAAUCCCAAGUUCCACUCGUUGAAUCAGGCGCUGGUGCAGCUCAUCGACGACUUUAGCAUGGUAUCGUUCAUGCCGCUGGACAGCACGGAUGAAGAUUCGGUAGGCACGAUCCUGUCGCACAUCGACAACGCGGUGCAGUAUGGAGAAGACGAAGAGCCCAAGGAGCCCAAGGACAUGGACGAGGGCGAUUUCCAAGCUGCCUGA